ACCUACACAUCUCUAGAAGAUACACGCGGCAUGAAGGCCGGCACACAUUCUGACCGGCUGGUAUAGACGUGCGCUUCACACUGCCUCAGUGACCGCCACACGCGAACGCACGUACAUAGUUAUUACACUCAAGAUACUCUUUUAUUAUUAUUAUUAUUAAUGCUUUUAUUAUCGUCCGAGCGCUUUUUUUAUCAAUAAAAAACGUUGUUUCAAUAGCCGCGCACGGACAUUGGAUUUUUGGGUCAUCAGACUUUGAAGACAAUUGUGGCAUCUACUGUUUGUCGGUCUUCAUGGAUAUUACAUUAAACGUCUAAAAUCGUCAUUCAUACAAUCACAUACUGAAAUAUAAUUUAUUGUUGUUGUUGUUGUUGUUGUUAUUAGUAUUCUAUAACAGGCGUGUGCCCACAUUGACGUUGAAUCACAAUUACUCAAACAGAAAUCAUGUAGUGGUGCUGUUACUCUUAAUAUGACCGAUGCCAAAAACUUUCGUGACAGUCAUUACGGAAAACGUCGGCACACAAGUCUUCUACGGUCAUAUAAGUGACAAAGACAUUUUUAACUAAAAAAUGAUAAAUUGUGUUUUUUAUGCGCGUUAUGAGUUUUGUUUGUCGGUCUCUUAAUAUAAACUGUUACGGAUUUUUCGGAAAAUCUUCGCCCAUUAGUUGAAAAGGACGAAACUCGAAAAAUAGUACGAUGAGCUAUCGGUGGUUGAUACAAAUUUCCACCCUUUUGGUUGUGCUGUUAGCUUUAACAGCAUCGCACUGCGAAGCUAAUCUACAAGCAAAGUCAUAUAGCAGUUCACGGCAGUUAUUACAUGAUAUCCGACGAUUUAUCAGAGAUAACGGAAUAGCUGACUUAGAUGUUUAUGAUGAUAGCAAUAACAUCCCUAGUUUAUCUCCAGACAAUUCCGAUACUAGAACAUUUGGCCUUGGUGUGGCCCGUCGUCGAAUGCAGUUUGCUAUGAUGUUACCAAUAGUAUACAAAUUAGGAGUUAUCACAACUCUAUUAACCGUAUUAACAGUUCUCAGUGUGAAAGGUGUAACUAUUGGGCUGAUACUGCUAAUGUUUGCUAUUAUUAGCGCAGUAUCCAAAUCUAAGUACCAUCAUUUAAGUCCGCCUGCUUCGUUCCAUCACUGGUCUGCGGACGUUGACCCUUUUGAUCGCAGUGAUCAACAAUUGAGUCAAUACAAACAAGACAAAAAUAUCCACGUUCACGUCCAUGCCGCUGUACCGUCUUUUCCGACAGCAAACGCUUUUUCUCCAAUCAAAGGUUCUGGGGAGAUAAUCAGAGACUCAGCCGAAAUUACUGGAGGCGGUGGUAUACCUUCUACGGGAUCCAACGGAGCAUUACCGUAUUCUUGGAAUAGGAGCGUUGGAAGCGGUUCUAACGAGCAAUUGGAUUUCUACUAUGGAAACUCAAUCGGACCUAAUUACAAUAGUAAUAACAACAGAUUCAAUAUAGAACAACCAACUACUUCUAGUUACUACAACAGAUGGAUAGGUUAGAUUAACUGUAGAUACCGCACACUAUUAUGUACUGUCUAAAAUGACCUAGUAAUUUUACACUAUAUUUGUUUACCUUAGACACUUAAAAAAUAUAAGGUGUUCCUAUAAAAAAUUGUCAAAAUACAUAUAAGUGUUUUUAAACAUAUAUCAGUCUUGAAUAUUUCGCAAAUAUCUUAAAAUUAUUGAGAUGUAUGAAAAUAUUGAAACAAUAACAAAAUUAUUGUAAAAGUUUGGUUUUUACUUUAAUUGUAGACUAUAUUUUUUAAACAGAAUUUUUAUAUGUGUCUUAUUUAAAUAAUAUCACAAUUAAAUUAUCUAU